AUGGUUUCUAAUAAAGGGCAAAAGGGGAAGAAACUGGAUGUUUGGCGUAUCGGGCUACGACGUGAGGCUGUUCCCUCAUCGGAUGAAAAUGCUACGGCUGAGGAUGCGGCGCCACAAAUUCUAGAGCAACCCGCAAACGUGGAUGCCGCCGUGAAUACCCCAGUUGUGGUUGAUUCAAACGAUGAUGGAACAGUCGCCCAGGAAUUGGAAUUAGAGCAUAUGAGGAGUACAUUGGAAGAGGCGAUUGUGGAAACGCGCAGUACGCCUCUCGAAAAUCGACCGCGACUUCCCCGUCUAUACGGGUCCGCACAUUCGUUUAGGGAUAGCCCGUCUAUAGGGCUAUCCCUAAGCAGGAAUGUGCGGAAUCGGGCUAUUGUGAGGGCUCUGAACUCAAUGCUGGUGACCUAUUUGGAAGCCAGCCGGGACCUUUGCGAGACGGACUCAAUUCUUUUUAGCGCCGCGCUUGCAGUCUGCCGUAUUAUAGGCGCCAAGGUUUCCACGGCUGGACGCGCUACUGGCCAAAGUAGCGAUAUCUCAGCAUGGAGAAGAAGAAUUGAGGAACGUAUCGCAAGGGCUAGAGCUCUCAUCGGCAGACUGAUAUGCUACAGAUCAGGCAAUAAUAGGCCAAGAAUUGUGCGCACCGUCAGCGAUGGCGUUUGCUGGGACAAAUAUUUGUCCCAGCCGGAUAUAACGCAAAAACUGACGGAGCGUAUAAAUGAUCUGAAGCAGAGACUCGCUGCUUGGGGAAAGCGGAUUUGGCGAUAUACCGAGAGGUUGACACGGUUCAACCAGAAUCGGCCUGUGGUCAGAGACCGUAAACCACAGCGAAGGCCCUUGGACGGAAGUUGUGGCGAGUCAGUAUGCGAGUAUAACGCCCAUGGACCCCGUCAUUAUAACACCGGGUGA